UUUAUAAAUAAUUAUACUUUUUUUAAUAUACUUUUUCCAAUUUUAUAAUCAUAAAAAUAUUUUAUUAUUAUAAUAGAAUAAAAAUUUAUAUAUAAUAAUCAAAAAAGAAUACGUCGAAAUAAUAUUAUAUAAUAUUUGAUGGAAAUAUCAGUUACAUGUCAAAUAUAUGUUAAUUGAAAAUAUAUAAAAGAUUAUUAAUGAAAUCAAACACUCAAGCUCAACCAUCACCUCAACAAAGCUUUAUUCCUAAUCCAUCUCCUGUGAGUACUAAUAUUUAUUCCGCCUUUUCCCCUAACAUAUCACCACAUGGCAGUUAUAAUUAUACCGAACCUCUUUCUAACCGAAUGUUAAGUCCAAUACCAGCAUUAGUUUCACCAUAUAGUAAUCAAUCGAAUCCAUACAAUGUUAAUUAUAGUCCUGUCAAAAGUAAUCCCUUUAUAAACCCAAUACAACGCAAUAUUCAUGCAGCAUCGCCUAUUGUAAUAUCGUCACAAUUACAUUCCAAUUUUAGUAAAGAAACAAUAUCUUUAACUGAUACAUUAAAGGCACAAAAUAUUGAAAAAGAACAACACGAAUUCUCUCUAGAUCAAAACAUUACAAUAUUAACACAACUUGGACAAAAUUUGGUGCAGGAAAUUGUUCAUAAAGCAUCUGAAGCUUUUCAAUGUUUAAAAUCAAUACAGCUUCCAACCACUAUUAAUGUAAAAAUAACUGCUACGCAGGAAAAGAUAAGAAAAUGUCAAGAAAUUUUGAAUAAUGUAUUAUCAAUGUUUGUGAAAUUGGAAAAUUUAUAUGCAAAAUGUUCUCUCGAUAGAACUAAUUUGAAGUUGGAAAUUGAUAAAAUAUUUGUGAAAGAUACUAAGAUUGAAAAUGGAAAUAAUAAUCAAAAAUUGUCAAAUGCAAAUAUAGAAUAUUGUGAAAAUUUAAACCAAACAAAUUUAAAAGAAUAUCAAGAUCUUAAAAAAGAAUUAGAAGAAAAAAAUGCAGAAUUACUAACCAAAAUUUCUCAACUUAGAUGCUUAAUUUAUGAAAUUAAUGGAAUAAUGUCAUUUCAGGAUGAUAUAUUAUAAUUUAUUUUUAUAUGUUAUCUCUAAUAUAAAUUAUUAGUAAUAAUUACUUGUUAAAUUUAACAAUAAUUUUUAUUUUAGAUUAUAAUC